UAGUAUCAUUUAACAAAUCAAAGGAAAAAAAAAAAAAAAGCACUCUGAAACUGCUUUGUUUCUUCGCCCCCUUUCGUUCUUUCCGAUCUCGCAGAUUCCAGAAUUUCAUUUUUCCCACGAUCCUUACUUUUAUUUUUAUUUUCUUAGGAAAAGUAAAAAAACUGUAAAUCUGUUGAUAAGGAGCCAUGAGUCUGGGAGAUCUUAUCAGUAUUCAUCCAACAGAGCUUAAAUUCCCAUUUGAAUUGAGGAAACAAAGUUCAUGUUCUAUGCAAUUGACCAACAAGACGGAAAAAUAUGUUGCCUUUAAGGUUAAAACAACCAACCCCAAGAAAUAUUGUGUCCGUCCCAACUCUGGCGUUGUUUUGCCUGGAAGUUCAUGCAAUGUCACCGUUACCAUGCAAGCUCAAAAGGAAGCACCUCCUGAGCAGUGCAGGGACAAAUUCCUCAUCCAGAGUGUUGUUGCUCCAGAUGGUGCAACCAACAAAGACAUAACCCCAGAAAUGUUUAACAAAGAGGCUGGUCGGGUCAUGGGGGAAUUCAAAUUGCGGGUCUUUUAUAUUCCCGCUAAUCCUCCAUCGCCUGUUCCUGAAGGAUCUGAAGAGGGGACUCCUCCCAGAGCUUCUCUACAUGAAAAUGGGAAUCAAAAUUUUGAAGAUGUGUCAAGAUCUUUAGAGGAGACUAAUGAGAAGUCCUCAGAGGCAUGGUCUGCAAUUUCAAAGUUGACAGACGAGAAAUCUUCUGCUUUGCAACAAAAUCAGAGGCUACGUCAAGAACUGGAACUGAUGAGGAAAGAUAUUAGCAAAAGUCGUGCUGGUGGCUUCUCUUUAUCAUUUGUGGUGCUAGUUGGUCUUCUUGGUGUCCUGAUUGGCUAUCUUGUUAACAGAGCCUAGGAGGAACUGCAGUCGUAAGUUGGAACCUUUUCUUAUUAAAAAAUUUCGGUGCAAGCAGUAAUUGGCUGCUGUUUUUAAAACUUUUUCCCGACUUUUAGGUCCUUGCCUUUUAGUGUGUAAAAAUUGUAGCCCCGAUGAUAAUGUAUUAAUCAUAGUAAAAUGAUUGAUUGUCCAAGUUGAACAGGUUAGUUGAUUCUGUGGUGAUUAGAUAGUCUCAAGCUUUAAGUAAACUAAGAUAUUCUUAAUGAAUUUUCCUUUUCCUCACAGCUACGCUGGUAUGGGUUCGUCCGAUUAUAAUUUUGUAUUUUAAGCAGCUUGAGCAAAGCUGAUGCUAGAAUUUUCAACAAUGCUACAUUGGAAUCCUAUUUGAAGCAUGCCCUCCCUGGUUCUGGUUCCAGAAACAGUUCGUCAAUGAUUUUCUGGAAGUAUUCCAAACUUAUUUCUGAUAUUUGCAGUUAGAUUUGUGUC